CUGCCGUCAUAGUUUUGUGAUUUCUCCGAUCCGUGGGUAGCCCGCUGCUCGUCAUUCCCCCCGAAUCCUCCUUGAAGAAUAUGCCCACGCCCUCUAUCUCGCGUUCCUGGGACUUUGUGACAUCACCUCGUAAGGAUACGAGGUAACUGGUCCCCUCCACCGACGAAGCCAUGGCCGUCAUCGCUUCGGGGAAGCUGCAAGAUGGGUCCAACGGUGAUGUAUCCGUGGUGCAGAAGAUGCUCGCUGCGACGACUGGGAGCGUGUUGACGUCGCUGUUAGUGACUCCUCUAGAUGUCGUCCGCGUACGGCUGCAGUCGCAAGGACACGUCCCGAGCACGUUGGCUCCAGCAUCGCGGGCCCAUAUCGUUUCGUCUCUUACGCAGUUUCGCGAUCUGCCCCCGAACCUGGGAAUAUCCGCUUGCUGCAGAGAAGUCUUCUGGGUGAACAACAACGCCCCGUACUGUGUUGCUGGUCCUACGGUUGCGCCUAUCAAUCCUGCUGUAUGUGUCGUGGAAGAGACGGAAAGGCGGACGAUCAAUAGUACAUGGGACGGGCUACGAAAGAUUGCACAAAAUGAAGGAAUCAAGACAUUAUGGAGGGGCCUCUCUCCUACACUGGUCAUGGCUGUCCCAGCCAAUGUCAUCUACUUUGCCGGUUACGACUGGUUACGAAGCGCGCAACACUCGCCUUUCCAAACGACGGUCCCGGACGCCUAUGUCCCUCUCGCCGCCGGUGCUACCGCCCGCAUAUUAGCAGCCAUCGCUGUUAGCCCGAUAGAAAUGUUCCGGACAAGGAUGCAGGCCGCCAGCCACACCGCAACAGCCGCAGGCCACUUCCGAGAAACCAUGGACGGGCUUCGGGAGAUGGUUGCACAGCAGGGUGUACGCAGUUUGUGGAGAGGGCUGACUCUGACCUUGUGGAGAGAUGUCCCCUUCUCAGCAAUAUAUUGGUGGGGCUAUGAAGGCGGCCGCAACCUGAUCACGGAUAUCCGCGGGAGAUCAGAGGCUCGCCAUGACGGCAUCGAAUUCCACGCCGGCCGAGGAGAAGAGAGGAUACGACGAAGAAGUCAGUCACGGAACCGUGAGAACCAUACCGCGACACUCGUCGACAGCUUCAUCGCCGGAGCCGGAUCGGGAGCCGUAGCUGCUUUGGUCACUACCCCCUUCGACGUGGGUAAGACGCGGCAGCAGGUCUCUCGCUAUGCAGGGACGAGGCCGACGGACCAGGUUGGAACGACCGCCAAAGCCGUGCGGCCAGAGGACAGAUCCAUGCCUCGGUUUCUGUGGCACAUCUUCCAGGAACAAGGUGUCAGCGGCUUAUUCCGGGGCUGGGCCGCCCGCUGCUUGAAGGUAGCGCCGGCCUGUGCCAUCAUGAUAAGCAGCUACGAAGUAGGCAAGAAGAUGGCCAACGAAAUGAACGAACGAAGAGAACGGCGAAAGGAGGUUUAGGGGGAACACUCCAACACUCCACCCGACGGAAGCGCGAUACCCCCGAUGUCGUUGUACAGGGCAAGCACUGCAUCACUGUAUAUUGUUUUUUGUUCUCAGGCGCGCGGCGGAUUCUACUCACUGCAUGGCCUGGUUCGUUUGCUGCAUUUCUAUGGUGUUUAGGAAGAGCGGGAAGCAUUGGAAUUCUUGCGAGUGUCUGUAAUGAUACCAGCGUUCAAAAACUUCGUUGAUUUUGGGCGCAUGUACUAUAUGCUUUGACAUUACUAGAGUAGAGUAUAUUUCUCUCUUUGCAUGUUGGAU